AUGAGUCGGAGAAACGGUGCCAAGCCUGAUUUGAAGCUGAACCUAUCACCACCAAGAGUGGAAUCGCCGAGCCGAGCAGCGACGGUGUCACCGACAUCUCCUCCGAGCUCGUGCGUAUCGUCGGAGAUGGACAUCAACACUAACAGUGGCGAGACGACUACUUCCAUGGUUCUGGUGGGGUGUCCUAGGUGUCUUAUGUACAUUAUUCUUUCGGAGGAGGACCCUAAAUGCCCCAAAUGCAAGAACACCGUGUUGCUUGAUUUCCUCCAUGAAACCACUACCACCGGCUCCGCCAGCACACGGAAGAACAGCUAG